AUGGACAAAAAGUUGUUGAAAACAUGUUUAGAAUGUUUUUUAGAACAUAAUUUAAAUGAAGUUUCAAGAAUUCCAGCCGUUUCGUCUACCGAGCACUUGGAAUCGAUUUUUGUAGGUUUUGGCCAUGGAUAAUAUAAGUUUUGGCUUAUAAUUAUACAGCUUUAGUGUUUAUUACAAAAAGUUUUUGAUUUUAUUGUAGUAUGGGGUUCUUAUAAGAAUGUUUAUAACCGUUUUGGAUAGAUUUAUUUCAUUUUAAACAAUAUUGUUUUAGCUAUUACCUAAAGUUUAAAAAUAUUCAUAAAACUUGUUUCAGCUAAUAAAUCAAAAGCAUCUGAGGCUUUUGAAUGAUACUGAAGACAAUGUUGUGUUAAUUAUACAAAGAACUGGUUUUGGCAUCAAGGUUUUGAAGCGAUGGAUGGUGUACAUACCUGCAUAUAAGCUGAAGCGCCUUCUGGCUAUGUUAAAAUGCUCUUCUGUGAAGAUCGACUUGGAUACGGAUGGACUGGGACAUUUUAUGUUUAGGAACAUGUGUUUGGAUUUGGUCAAGGCUUUGAAUAGUAAGUUUUUUGGGUUUUGAUUUUAGGUGUGUGAUGGUUAAUAUCGGGAAAUUUUGUAUAGCUUGAAGGAUACUGUGUAGAUCUUUAUGAAAUUUGGCGUACAGCUUUGAAAUGUUCUUGUCAUCUAUAUAAAUUUAACUUUUGAUACUUUAGACAAUUCUUUCAUCAAAUUUAUUGACUUAAACCUGGUAUUGACAAUAACAAGAACAGGAAAGGAGAAUUGCUUAGUAAAAGCCAUUUUGUUUGAAGUGGUACCUAAAAUACGAUCUAUAUAUGGAUUUUCAACUAAAUUUCUUCCACUUUUAUCAGUUUUAAAGGAACAACAUCAAGGAGUGAUUGAAACUUUGGGCAUCACAUUGAAUUCACGAUCUUGUAAGUUAACUUUAUUUGUUUGUCUUUGAAUUUUAGGUGAAAAUGAUCGCGGUAUAUGUUAUUAUUAUGAAAAUAUAGUGAACAAUGAAUAUUUUGUAGACUUGGAUCCAUUGUUCAAUUUACCAGUCGAAAAUCUGCGAAUUCAUGGAGAUUUGUUGACUUAUUUGGCUUUUGAAGGCGGGUGGGUAAUACUAAACUACUUUUUAAGUAUUAAAACGUUUUGAGUUGUUAUUUAUUAUAUUGAAUGAUAAAAAGGAAUGUAUAGGCUUCAUUUCGUAUAUAGUUUUAUCGGUAUAUGUUAAGUUCUUCAGACCUAAAUAAUCAAAUAUGUUAUUUUAGGCUCUCCAAAAGCAAGAGCUUGAAGUCGAUUGAAAUUGAAGAUGUGUUAGAGACAAUUGGACUGUCGGAUUGUCAAGAAAAGUUUGUCAAAGCUAUGCAGAAUUUUAAAAAAGAUGUAUCGGAAAAGGAGAAAAUUUUCAAAAUCCGUGGGGCUGGCUUUUAUGAGUAUGGGUCGGUAAGUUAGCAUAGUGUAUAAAGAGUUGAAUGAUUUUUUGGUUGGAAAUUCGAGAAUUUUAUUUACAGAGCUAGUAAUUUAGUUUAAAAGACUUUUUACAAAACAAAAAAUCGUAACUUUAUGUUAUUUUAGAUAUCAGAUCUGUUCGAUUCUAUUCAAAUCAAUCUGGUUCGAGCCAAUCGGAUCAUAGAGCUGGCUACAGGUGCAGGUGUUGUACUAGAUUCAAUUAUAAUUGUCGGUGCUGCUACACUCGAUGAUGUAGGUAUUAAAAAUUCAUUUAAAAAAAAUUCAAUUUUUUUAAAAUUUGAAGUUUAAAAUUUUUAAAAUGUCAUUUUUAGAUAAUAAUGUCCGAAUGGAAGCAAAUGGUGAAGGAUUACAUUGAAUUCAAUUUCAUACCAGUUAAAGUGGUUUCAAAAGACGAACACAACGCCGUAUUCACGGUGAAAUCACACACUGGCACGCUUAUCGAAUUCAGGGUGAAUUGUACCGAAGCACCUCAACUGGACGAUUAG